AUGACGUCGCUGUGGCCCACCUUGCACCCGCCUGUUGAAUUCCAACAUUUGCUGCAGCAUGUUAUGUUACCUGCUUCGUGUCAUCGUACUCGCGAGCCACCGUCAGAACAUAACACUUACUCCGCAAUAUUAGCAACGCAGAUAAGACGUGAAAACGAAGCGGAAACCAAAGUCAGCCAGUCUCAAAUGAGUCGUGUAAUCAACGAACGCAACAGGUCGUUCGCCACGUUUCGUUAUAUAAAUAUAAGGGGUGGUCUUGCUGCUGCUGCUGUUGUUAUUGUGGCUGCUGUUGGUGGUAGUGGUAGUAGUGAUAGUAGCGGUUGUGGUGGUUGUGGCAGAGGUGAUGGCAGUGGUGGCAAGAUGUUGAACAUGAACAUGACGGAAUAA